AUGCAUGUAGCUAUUAAAUGUAAUGAUGUCGAUGAAAUUGUUUGCAUUUUGGCGAGAAGAACGAAUUUCGAAAGACAAGAAUUACAGAGGAUUUAUUCGAGACUAUUUAAAAAGCCUUUAGUCGACAGAAUGAAUCGUCUGAAAGAUCCUGAUUUCAAAACAAUUAUAUUGAAUCUUUUAAAAGACCUACCAGACUACUUUAUAGAAGAACUAAAGCAUGCUGUUGGGUCAAGUGAUAAGAUAACAUUAAUGCAAAUACUAAUCAAUGUUGCAGAAGAAGAAUUAACUAAGCUGGUUGACCUAUACAAGGAACAAGCUGGAAAAGAAUUGAGUGAAGAUAUUGGAACUGUAACAAAGGGCGAUUUCCAAGAAAUUUUAUUGUGUUUAAGCAGAAAUGAGCGAUUACCGUCACUAAUCCUAACCGAUGGAAUUGAAGAACAAAAAAGAUAUUUUGUAGAAGCAAAUCUAAAUUUUUCAACACAGGAAGCUCAGCGUCUUAAUAAGUACUUGUCAAAAAAACCAAUUGAUAAAGGUAGUGUAACUCAAUCAUUUUGUGAAGCGGACUACUUUGAUUUGGAUGAAAUUAAUGACAAGUACAAACUUCUAUUCGGCAAGUCUCUCGAGGACGCAAUUAAAAACAAAACAAGUGGGAAUUAUCAAAAGACUCUGCUUGCUAUGUUGUCCUCAGGAAGAAAACGACCACGAUUGACUGCCAAAUGGAUUCAUGACGCUUUGUUUUCAAGUCCAGUUAAUAAAAGACAUUUGACACGGUUAUUAAUUACCAGAUCCGAAUUCAUAACAUACACCAAGGCAGAAUCUGAAUUUGGAAAAGAACGUGUUUUCUUCCACUUUUUAAUUGGUAAUGGGUCAUAUUACACACCAAGAAUUUACCCACAAUAUUUGAUGGAUGCCCAUAGGCUACAUAAAGCAAUUAUCAAAGAAAAUGCUGAUACCAUCAUAUGUAUUCUGGGCAGACGAACAAAUUAUGAAAGACAAGAAAUCAAAGAUUAUUAUAAACAAUUUUAUGUCCAAACACUUGAACAGCGUAUGCAUCGAUUGUCCGAUGAAAAUUUCCGAAAUCUUGUUUUAAGUCUCCUCAAAGACUUACCGAUUUAUUUAGCUGAAUUACUUCGUGAUGGAUUAUACUCUGAUAAAUUUUCUACUGUUACUUAUACAUCGAUUGGUUUAUGGACUGAAGAAGCGUUCAAAGUUAAGGAGAUUUAUGCUAAGGUCAAUCAAAGUGAUUUACUGAAAGACAUUACAGAAACAACAUGUGGAGAAUACCAGAAUGGACUAAAAUGCUUAUUCACAUUAAAUCGUGAAAACACACCAAUCCAACGCAAAACUCAGGAUGAUAAAGUUCGUUGGACCCCUGCUGUCUAUCCAGAAUCAGCUACGAAAGAUGCCAAGAUUUUAUAUGAGUCUCUUCACAGGUGA